UAUCUUUUGUUUCUUCACUGAUUUUUCUUUCCCCAUUAUCAGCGUUAGAAUCGAUCAUUGAACCUCUCUCAAAGAUCCACCUCCUCUUCUUAUUAUACGACUAAGAUCUUCUCGAUUCCAGAUUUCUCUUCUUCUUCUCUUGUUCGCGAUCCAACAUAAAUUUCUAAAAUUUCGAGAGAGAGACGAUAUCUAGGGUUUCGUGGGAGGAGUUUGCUCUAGCGUGUUUUCAGGUGAAAGUAAAUGGUGGAUCACCUUACCCUCCACUCUAUUUCAUCUCCCUUUCCACGAAACCAUAUCUGUAAUCAUUCGAGUCUCUGCUUCGAUAGUGUUAGAGUUCUUCCACAAUCACCAGGUGCGACGCAAAAGCGAUGCUGAGCGUGAUCCGAGUGCAUCUCCCUUCCGAGAUUCCUAUCGUUGGCUGUGAAUUAACUCCUUACGUCCUUGUUCGCCGCCCCGAUAAGUCCGCCGCCACUGACGAUGUCCCUGAAUCAGCUCCCCUCGAUGGCUACUUCUUGAGAUACAGAUGGUAUCGAGUACAGAGUGAUAAGAAAGUAACGAUUUGUAGUGUGCAUCCAACGCAGCAAGCCACUUUACAAUGCGUAUUCUGUUCAAAGCGUAAAGCCCUUGUUUCCAAAAGCUACCACUGUUCUCCCAAAUGCUUUGUAGACGCGUGGCAGCAUCACAAGACCUUACACGAGCGAGCUGCUGCAGAGAACGGGAACGAGGAAGAUGAUCAGUUAGUCCGGUUUAACAGCACCGGCUCUGGAGUUCUCUCCGGUACCUUGUCCGGUUCCAUGUCUAAUCUUAACCUCGCCGGUAACGGUCCAACGCCGUUUUAUCCUUCUAGUAUCACGCAGAAGAGUGGAGGAGAGACGUUGGUCGAGGUCGGGAGCUGCAAAACGUACACGCCAACGGCUGAUGAUAUUGGCUAUGUUCUGAAGUUCGAGUGUGUUGUGGCGAAUGCUGAGAGUAAACAGGUUGUGGGACAUCCUAGUACUAUUUUGACUUCACGUGUUAUCCCUGCUCCUUCUCCGAGUCCGCGUAAGCUUAUCCCUGUAAAUGGAGCUGAUGUGAUGGGUCACUUGGAUCAAGAUGGUCGGAUUCAGUCUGCAGGAUCGUUCACUGUUCUUUCUUAUAAUAUUUUGUCUGAUACUUCGGCAAGUAGCGACCUGUAUAGUUACUGUCCUCCUUGGGCUCUUUCUUGGUCGUAUAGAAGACAUAAUCUGUUAAGGGAGAUCGUUGGUUAUCGUGCUGAUGUUGUUUGCCUACAAGAGGUACAAAGUGAUCAUUUCCAUGAAAUUUUUGCUCCUGAGUUGGAUAAACAUGGGUAUCAAGCUCUCUACAAGAGGAAGACUAAUGAGGUUCUCAGCGGGAGUACAAGUGCGAUUGAUGGCUGUGCAACAUUUUUCAGACGGGAUAGAUUUUCACAUGUCAAGAAAUAUGAUGUUGAAUUCAAUAAGGCAGCUCAGUCUUUGACUGAGGCUAUAAUCCCUCCUACGCAGAAGAGAACUGCUUUAAACCGACUAGUUAAGGAUAACAUUGCGUUAAUAGUUGUUCUUGAAGCAAAAUUUGGUAAUCAACCUGUUGAUUCUUCAGGGAAGCGCCAGCUUAUCUGUGUGGCAAACACACAUGUAAAUGUACAACAAGAACUGAAGGACGUGAAGCUCUGGCAGGUUCAUACCUUAUUAAAGGGGCUAGAGAAGAUAGCUGCUAGUGCGGAUAUUCCUAUUCUUGUUUGUGGAGACUUCAACACCCUUCCCGGAAGUGCACCUCAUACACUUCUUGUAAUGGGAAAGGUUGAUCCACUACACCCAGAUCUAUUGGUUGAUCCCCUUGGAAUCUUGCGUCCUCAAACCAAACUGACUCAUCAGUUGCCUCUGGUGAGUGCCUACUCAUCUUUUGUGAGACCGGGAACGGGUCUUGGACUGGAACAACACAGAAGGAGAAUGGAUCUUAAUACAAACGAGCCUUUGUUUACCAAUUGUACAAGGGACUUCAUUGGUACUCAUGACUAUAUAUUUUAUACAGCGGAUACGUUAAUGGUGGAGUCUUUAUUGGAAUUGCUGGAUGAAGAUGGAUUGAGGAAAGAUACAGCUCUUCCUUCCCCUGAAUGGUCUUCUAAUCACAUUGCUCUCUUGGCUGAGUUUCGAUGCAUGCCUAGAACCAGACGCUAACCACCUUCACCUUGAUAGGGUUUUUUUUUCUUUUGGUUUCCGGUUUUAAAAUCGGAUUAUGACAGGAACUCUUUUAGACAAGACCUCUACCAAAGUAUGUAAUAGAGAGGACACAAAGGUCUGAAGUUGUUCUGGUCCAGAGUAAAGGCAGUUCACUUUCUUAAGUUGGGUCAUUGUUUGUAAUGACCUCUGUGUUGCUAUUAUAAAUCCUUCCAUUUUUAAUAAAAGUUAUUGUUUAUGAUUAAA